AUGAAUUGUGGCGAAAAUGAAAAUGGCUCUCCGAAUUCUAUCUCACGUAUUCCUGAUGCCUCUCUGUUACAAUGGAUGAUGCGAGUUCAUGCUAAACGGGCCCGUCGCAAGCAAAUAAAGCGUGAAACCCGCCGUUUUUCCAAGCGGCAUUACCAAUGUUCCAAGAUUACACCCAACCAAGAUGCCGCCAACAGGUCCAAAACAAAAGCCAUUAAGCCUAUGGCGCUUUCACUCUCAGCUGUAACCGUCGAAGAUGCACAUAGUCCAGUUCAACGGCAAAGGCAGCAUUCAGCCUCACCUUCUGGGUCAUUAAGGUGGCGCCCUGGCCGAUCCAAGAGCUUAUUGCGUGAUCAACACACUCCAGAUACUGAGUUUUACGGCCCAAGCAGGGCAAAGCGAAACCGAUUUUCCAUUCCAGAUUUCCGAAGCUCAAAAUCACUACGGAGAAAGUAA